AUGGCGAAGAUUGUCGGACAUCUCACAGUUUUCACCACGCUUUCGCAGUUUGCGAAGGAUGCCGCAGAACCGCUCGCCGGCCCGACCAUCUGGACGAUUCAUGCAACACUUCUCGUUACCAAGACCAAGAACAAGUAUCAACAUCGCAACAUCACCAGCUUAACACUCUGCACUAUCCUGAAGAUGGCUGAACAAACACCCGUCUGGUUCAUCACCGCCGCCUCCUCCGGCUUCGGUCACUACCUCGCCCUGGAAGCCCUCGCCCGCGGCCACCACGUCAUCGCCUCCGGCCGCACAGUGUCUAAACUUGAUGCCCUCAAAAAAGCAGGCGCGCAUACAGUCGCACUGGACGUCAUCUCCCCCCUUGAUGAUAUCAAGAAGGUCGCGAAAGACGCCGUCGCAAAGUAUGGCUACAUAACCCACCUCGUCAAUGCCGCAGGUUACGUCCUCGUCGGCGCCGUCGAAGAAACCUCCCCCACCGAGGACUACGACAGCUUCAACACGAAUGUGAUUGGCGUGUUGAACGUCACCAAGGCUUUCCUGCCGUAUCUGAGAGACGGAAGCGGGCACCGGACGAUCUGCAAUUUCGGGAGCAUUGCGAGCUGGACGGGGGGUCCGGGCGCUGCGCUGUACUACAGUGCGAAGUGGGCUGUCAGCGGCCUGUCUGAGGCGCUGAGGGAGGAAGUAGCGCCGUUUGGAAUUGCUGUCACAGUUGCCGAGCCAGGCUAUUUCCGCACUGGGUUCCUUAACCCUGGUGCGGCCGUCCAGUCGAAGGCUAGGAUUCAGGCGUAUGAGGAGAGCGCGGCGGGGAGACGAGGAGGGGCUGGGAGGGGCGGAUGGGAAGCAGAUGGGGAUGUGGGAAAGGGGUGUAAGAUUUUGGUGGAUAUACUGACGAAGAGUGGGGUUGGAGAGGGCAAGGAGGUCCCUGUGCGAGUGGCGCUGGGGAGUGAUAGUCCGCCGGCGAUUAGGGAGAAGAUUAGGCAGACGGAGAAGUUGUUGGAUGAGUGGGAGGGGGUUACGAUGGCGACGGAUCAUGAGGAUUGA